AUGGCUACUAUUGAUAUCUAUGACGAGGUUAAUCGCCUUUCCGACAUCGAUGUUGUUGAGAAACUCACCGAGAAAGAAGUAGCUGAUUUAUUUACGUAUUUCAACAAUACCGACAAAUUACCUGGUGUGGAAAAAGCGCUUAUUAAAAGCAAAAAUGAUAAAGUUAAGCUUACAUACUUGAGAAAUUUGUUGACUUCUGAUAAAUCCACCGUUUCCACAGAGUCUUCUAAGCGACAAUAUUUGGCUGAUUACGAGGAAGAACAGAAUAGAAACGUGAAGAAGAUUCGAAAAUAUCCUUCCCCAUCAUCUUUCGCUCACAUCAAUUAUUUGUAUGAUCAUCAAAACAAUGAUCAGGAGUUUAUCAUUUAUCGCCCUUCUAGUUGUGUCGGCACACCAUUGAUAUUAUAUAAUUCUGCUUUUUCUCGGUUCAAGGAAGAUUUUAACAACGAAAAGCUACCUAUGAGUAAGGAACAUAAUCAAUGGACCCUAAAUUGUAUUAAAACUAUGUCAGAUUUUUAUUCGGAUGAGAAACUUCGUCAGAAAGAGUUUCAUGAAAUUAUUCGCGAAUUAUUUAGCAAAGAUGUACAGGUAAUUCAGCCUGAUGAUAAUAGUUCAAACGAUGGAACCUUGGAAUUAGAUUUUCAUACAUAUAGAGUAUUAUACCUCCUCAUUGAGAUAAAAAACGAAAUUGGCACUG